AUGAAUGCAGUCAUUCUACAAUUUUUGCUGCUAGUUACGAGCCGCAUUGCCGCCGAGGAUUUUUUGGAUAGCCACCACAUUGUCAAACGUUCUCUGAAGGUCACCGAAAAUGUGGUGGCCAUUCGGGUUGACCACAUCUACCGCCUCGUUAAAAUCGGCGGUUUCAAGAUUGAAAAGGAGCUCCGUGCACCCCCGGGUCAAUUUGGUCCCCCGUCGAACCGCCUGGGUAGCGAGGAGGAGGUGAACGUGGUGACGGAGUGCGACGAUUUGACGACGAAGGGAAAGAGCACUUCUGUAACGACUCGGGGUCCAGAAAAAAGGCCAAACGUCACUAGACCCAAGCUCGAAAAUCAAGAAACGGAAUGUGAGAGCACGACAAAAAGGAUACCGACUGAUGGGGAGACACAAUGUGAUGGCAGUACCACCACCAAUAUGGAGGUCGAGUCUACGGAGACAGAGUGCGACAAUCAAACGACUACAUCCAAGGGGAUCGAGGAUAACGAGGAAGAAAAGGUAGACGUUGAAAAUGAGGACCAGGAGAUUCUUGGCAACACAGGCCUCACCGAGUGUGACACGACGAAAACCCCUGAGCCUAACGACAUCGAGUGUGAUGACACAGAAUGCGAUAGUACCCAGCCAACCGUGCCUAAAACCAGACCUUCGACUUCCGACUCUAAGAUUACUCCCGAUGAUGGCGAAUUCCAUGGCUAUGGCGGCAUCACUGAGUGCGAAUCGCCCAGCACUGAACCGGUAGAAAACGGGCUCUCUAGGAAUCCCAUGGACGGCGAAGGACGUGAUGGUACCGAUACAGUAAGCACCGAGGCCUCGACUAAAUGCGACACGGUCGAAACGCAACCUCCGGUGGAGAUGGAAUGUGACUCUUCUACCACGGCGACGUCAGAGGGAGAAACAGAGUGUGACUCUAGCCCCGCAAGUCGGUCAUCAAAAAGUUCCACCACAAAAGGACCGACAACUGAGUGUGACUCCUCGUCGACAGCCAGAACUUCGCCAGACGUGGAGACAGAAUGUGACUCCUCUACGCCAUCGCCGGCCGCAGAAGAAGAAACGGAGUGCAGCUCAAGUUCUACAGGGCAACCUGCUUCUGGAGCGAGUUCGGAAGAAGCUGAGACCGAGUGCGACUCAAGCUCAAGCCGGUCUUCAUCGACAUCGAUAUCGAUCGACGCAAAAACUGAAUGUGAUUCCUCAACCACGAAGCCUACCGAGUCAAGCUCCACUAAAGGAUCUUCGACAACCUCUCAUUCAACGGUACCGGAAACCGAGUGCGAAUCUUCUACCACGAAGGAGACCCCGGAAGAGGAAACAGAGUGUGACAUUACCAAGACGCCCUCGACUGAAGCCCAGACCGAGUGCGAGUCCUCGACACAACCGCCAAGGAUCCGGCAACCAACGAGCGGAGAAACGGAAUGUGAAUCCAGCUCCAAAGGUACGACUUCGACGUCGCCAGAAGCGGGAACCGAGUGUGAGUCUACCAGUAUACCUCCCCCUGAGAAGUUGAUCACUGGCGAGGGUGAAACUGAAUGUGACUCUGCGAGAGAGGGUAGAUCUGCAACCAGCCUCUCGUCGACGAGUCCUAGAGGACCAGAAACUGAAUGUGACUCGAGUUCCACAAGACAUUCUGGAACGAAGUCGACUGAUCCGGGAACGGAAUGUGACUCAAGCCCUACUAGUCAUUCUUCGACAAGUAAGCCCUUUACAGAUCCGGAAACGGAAUGUGACUCCACGACGGUAACUCCUUCGCCUUCGACAGAUGGAGAAACGGAAUGUGAGUCAAGCUCAGCAAGUCCAAAAUACCCUGUAACGCGCCCGACUUCUGUCGAUUCAGAAACAGAAUGUGACACGUCAACAAAGGAUCCGUCAACGGAAACUACGGAAAGCCCUACAAUUCGGCGAAAACCUGAAGCUUCCUUGGAAGAGGCUGAAACCGAAUGUGCAUCGAGUUCCACAGCCAAGCCCUCCACUAUCGACGAUGCCGAGACUGAAUGCGAAACAUCUACGAAAACUUCGACCCGAAUCAUCUCCAUCACAAGUGCGCCUCCAAAGAUUAUCACGAGACCAACGCGGACGGUUACAAAAUCGAUAACGGUUGACUCGAGCGCUGUGAUCGAAGAAGUUACGGAGACUGAGUGCGACUCCAGCUCCGGCAGCUCUACUACGAAUGCAAACCCUACUGAACUCGAGACUGAGUGUGAGUCAAGCUCUACGUUUAGGCCUACUACAAGUCCAACUUCAACAGCGGCGGAGACUGAAUGCAAUUCCGACUCAACACGGCAAACUGGAAGGACCAGCACUUUUCCCAAAACAGAGUAUGCGACGAGUUGGACCAGAAAGCCCUCCACAGAGCGCGAUCCGUCCGAUAUCGAGACCGAAUGCGAGACGAGCACGAUGAAUCGACCGAGUACAAGUCCAUCCACAACAGAAAUCGAAACUAGCUCAACUUCUACGGCUAGGCCAUCGUCAAGAACCGAACCUAGUGAGUCGGAGACAGAGUGUGACAACGACCCAACUGCGCCCAGCCCGAGUUCUACCGAUCCGACAGAAUGUGAAUCGAGCUCGACUCGAAAAAUAGCUAGCUCAACAGCUACGACUAGACCAUCAACAAGUUCUGAAUCUGUUCGGCCGGAGACUGAGUGCGACUCAACUAGGACAAGCCCAAGUCCGGUGGAACAGGAGACUGAAUGUGAAUCGAGCUCAACACAAAAGCAUUCGACGACUCAAAGAGACCCAAUACAGCGUAGCACUAGAGUUCCGGGCAGCAGCUCGAGUUCGCCAGAGCAGAGCUCAAGCGGAACGCAUUCUACAAGUAUGAAGACAGCCGAUCCCGAGACCGAGUGUGACGACGGCACGACGUCGACAAGUACAAGUUCAAGCACGUCAAGCUCGACCCAAAAGCCGCCAACAAGACCCACUACCGUAGAAGAUGAGACUGAGUGCGAUAGCAGCUCUACCGAACAGCAAUCCACAAGCUCACACCCGACAAAGACCAGUCGCCGCUCGGGCUCUACUCCUUCGGCUUCCACAGCCGAUCCCGAGACGGAGUGUGACAACGACACGACAUCGACAACUGCAACCUCCACCGAGGCUGUGACCGAAUCUGAGUCGAGCUCGACGAAAAAUCCUUCCACACCGCAAAGCCCAAUGGAAGAUGAAACUGAAUGCGAUAGCAGCUCAACGAAUAAGCAACCUACCACAUCAGGUUCGACACGAGCGGAAACAGAAUCUAUCUCCACACGCACAGGGCCCACGAACAAAAGUCCAACCGAUGCCGAGACCGAGUGUGAGAGCGACUCAACGCCGGAGAGCACUAGCUCAAGCUCCACGAAAAGACCCUUGACGACGCCGAGCCCAAUACCUAUAGAUGCGGAAACAGAAUGCGAUAGUAGCUCGACUCAAAAACACCACUCGAGCUCGAAAUCGACACCUCUGACUAGCGGAACUGCCACAACCCCUCACCCAACAGAGGCGGAGACGGAGUGUGAGUCGAGCUCUACAUACGCUACGACUGCCACUCGAGGUGGUUCCACUGGCAGCUCAACGACGAGAACUCAAACUUCCGCUCCUGAGGAAUCCGAGACCGAGUGCGAGUCGACCCCAACAAAACCGCCUUCAACAAGUGCAAGUUCGCCGGAAGCCGAAACCGAGUGCGAUUCGACUUCCACAACCGGGUCUUCAGGACUGCCAAGCUCCACGAGCCGUUCGACGACGAACUCAGGUUCUGAUGAAACCGAGUGUGAAUCAAGUUCGACAGCCCGGCCUUCAGGACAGCCAAGCUCAACGAGCCGUCCGUCGACAAGUUCAGCUCCUGAUGACGAGACCGAGUGCGAGUCGAGUUCAACAAGUCGACCUUCGACAAGCUCUCGGCCCAAGGUGGAAGAAACUGAAUGCGACUCGAGUUCGAAAUCGACAUCGUCAAGAAGUUCCAGCACAGCUGAAGCGGAGACCGAGUGCGAAGAAAGCUCGACAACCCGGCCCUCGACAAGGAGCGGUUCGACCGAAACGGAAGCCAACGAGUCAAGCUCAAGAUCGAGGCGCUCGACAAGUUCCACCACCAGUGAAGCGGAAACCGAGUGCGAUUCCAGUACGGCGUAUGAUACUGAUGAAAGAACAACCACUGCGCGCACUACAGCAACAGACACACCAAACCGUGGAACCCCGCCCGGACCUCGGGAUCCAGCUACGCAACGCUCCAGCUCGCGAGCUACGAGCUCCACCUCGAGAGGAACAACCGAUACCCCGGAUCGGGGCACCCCACCAAGACCAUCGAAAUCAUCAAGUGUCAAAUCAUCAACGACCUCGCUUGAUGUCACCCCGAUCUCGAAAGGUACAACAGAAGAGAUGGAAAUCUCUGAAACGGAGUGUGAUCCCGACAGUUCCACCUUAUUACCAGGGAGUAAUGAAGAGAUCCCAGUCCCGAUGCAAGAACUGCAGGUUGUCCCAGAUUGUUGCCCGCCAGAAGGCGUCUGGUCCGAGUGGACUUCGAAUGAGAAGUGCUCGGAUUAUUGUGGGGCCUGCGGGAAUGUGACGUCGACGAGGAAAUGUCUUUCGAGGAGGAGGGGAUGUCCUUGCAAGGGUUCAUCCUCCAAGUACGCCGAAUGUCACACCGAAGUCUGCGAACUACCCCGACAGCCCUGUUGUGCCGGCCACGAGCCGGUGUUCAGCAACAACACGCUGACUUGCGAGAAAAGGAAGUUAAAGACGUUGCCUUGCGAGCCGAAAUGUUGCCCGGCGGAGGGGAUUUGGUCCGAGUGGGCGAGCAUUGGGGCGUCCGGACAAAAAUUGGAAUCGGAUGCUAACAAGGAAUGUGGAAUGUGCUCGUUCCGAAGGGAACUGCGACGAUGUCUUUCUGAGGAUUAUGGAUGUGCUUGUUCCAAUGAAACUUCCUAUCGUCACGUCCACUACGGCAAUGAACCCUGUACGACUCGAAAAAAUCUCACAACAGCCCCCUAUUGUUGCAAGCCAUCAAAAUUAAUGGAAGCGGAUAAUGGCACGCUGUUCUGCAUCCCAGAAAGACUACUACCGGUCAAGCCAAGGCCAGAUCGCUGCUGCUUGAAUGCGGAAAGUGGCGGCAUUUGGGAGAGCUGGAGCUCGUGGUCGACGUGUACCCGUGACUGCGGUUUGUGCGGUUCUCGACAGCGUACGAGGCUGUGCGCAUCCGAAAAGUAUGGAUGCCAAUGCAGCAUCGGCAAAAAGGAAGAGCUCUCGCCGUGCGGAAGUCCGGUCUGUCUGAACCCACGUGGAGCCCCAUUCUGCUGCCAAGGAAAUCUAACCAUCGCCAGCGAUCGCGUCUCCAAAUUCUGUCAACUU